UAAUGUCUAUUAAGAAAAGAAGACAGAGACUUAUGAAGAAAGCACAAUAAGCUUGCAAUAAUCCCAAGCAACAAAGUGGUGUAAAUAUUGAGCAAGAGGAACUUUAUAACCUCUACUCCAAUACAAACUUUCAAACUUUCCAGCCCAAAAACUAAAACUACAAACCACACAUUAACCUGCUUUCUUACUCUUCAAACCGUUCCCAAUGGCAGAUUCAAUCCUCUUUGGGAUUGCACAGAAGAUCAUUGAAAACAUAGCUUCUGCAGCUGUGCAAGAGAUUGGAUCCAUCUGGGGUGUAGCUAAGGAGCUUUCUGGACUUGAAGAAACCAUUUCAACAAUCGAAGAUGUACUUCUUGAUGCUCAGGAGAAGAAGAACCAUAACCACCAGGUCAGCAGCUGGCUGAAGAAGCUUGAAGGUGUAAUUUACGAGGCUGAUGACUUGAUGGAUGAUGUCUCCACUGAAGCUUUGCGCCGACAAUUGAUGAGUGGAAGUAAUAUGAGCAAGAAGGUACGCACUUUCUUCUCAUCCUCCAACCAACUUGUGUUUCAUCGCACUAUGGCUCAUAAAAUAAAAGACAUCAAUGAUAGGCUAGCUGCAGUUAGUAAGAAUCGCACGGACUUCCAUUUGGAGGUGCACCAUGAGGAGUCUAGAGCUGUCCUUAGAACUAGGGAGCAAACUCACUCUUACAUACCUGAAGAAAAUGUUAUUGGAAGGGAGAGUGAUAGAAAGGCCAUCCUAGACCUUUUGUUAGAUACCAAAGUUGAAGAGGAUGUGUCAGUUUUGCCAAUAGUGGGUUUGGGAGGUUUAGGGAAAACCACACUUGCUCAAUUUGUGUUUAAUCAUGAGAAGGUUCGAACCAAUUUUGAUUUAAAAAUUUGGGUGUGUGUCUCUGGAAAUUUUGAUGUGAAAUCUCUUGUUGAGAAAAUUAUUAAAUCAGCAACUGAUCAUUGUGAAAAGAACCAAGAGAUGGAUCAACUACAAAGGAAACUUCAAAAGGAGAUAAAUGGAAAGCGUUAUUUCCUUGUACUUGAUGACGUAUGGAAUGAGAACAGAGAAGAAUGGCUAAAAUUGAAAAAUUUAUUGUCAAAAGGUGCAAAGGGGAGUAGAAUAAUCAUAACCACUCGUAGUCAAAGAGUUGGAGAGAUUACUACUGACACAAUGAAACCAUAUAAGUUAGGGAUUUUGGAUAAAGAUAAUUCAUGGUCUUUAUUUAAAAAUGUGGCUUUUAAGCCUGGGCACGAGCCAAAUAACCCCAACACUAAGAAAACUGCAAUGGAAAUUGUGGGCAAGUGUGGUGGUAUUCCUCUCGCCAUUAGGACAAUUGGAAGCAUGCUCUAUUCCAAACCAGAAGCACAGUGGUCGUCUUUCCUUGAAAUGGAAUUUUUAAGGAUGCCUCAAAAUGAAAAUAAUAUUUUACCCACUCUCAAACUGAGUUAUGAUAACCUCCCAUCAAACUUGAAAUGUUGUUUUGCUUAUUGUAGUUUAUUUCCAAAAGAUUAUCAAAUUGAAGUUGCCAUGUUAAUAAAACUGUGGAUGGCACAAGGAUUUAUUAAGCCAUCAAGUUCAGGUCAUUCUUUGGAGGAGGCAGGGUUUGAGAUUUUUAAUGAAUUACAUUUGAGGUCAUUCUUUCAAGAAGUAAAAGAAAAUGAUUGGACAAAAAAAUUAGAAAGUAAAAUGCAUGACCUCAUGCAUGAUCUUGCGGUACAAGUAGCAGGAACCGAGUGUGCUACAUUGCAUUCUGUUGGAGAAAAUAUCGAUGGAAGAACUCGGCAUGUAUCUUUCAAUUUCGAUUUAAAUCCAUCAUGUCAGUUUCCAACUUUUUUGUCUAAGGAAAAUAGGAUUCGAACAAUACUUUUUCCUCCACUAUGGGGGAAUUCAGGAAUGUUAGUAAGUUGGGAUGUUGUUUUAGUUUUGAAGGUCUUGCGUACAUUAGAUCUUCAUCAUUCUGGGAAAGUGCCAAGUUCUAUUGGCAAGUUGAAGCAUUUGAGGUAUCUUGAUCUUUCUCGUAAUUAUGAGAUCAGGACACUACCAGCUUCAAUUUCCAAGCUGCAGAAUUUGCAGACACUGAAACUAUCAGGUUGCACUAAUUUAGUAGAAUUGCCAAGAGACUUGAAGAAGCUAGUGAAUCUCAGGCAUCUUGAGAACGAUGGAUGUGAUAGUUUGACUCAUAUGCCUCUUGGGCUGGGACAAUUGUGCAAUCUUGUGACUUUAAAUGAGUUCGUAGUGAAUGAGAAGGGCGUGGGUCCUACCAAUAAGCCGCAUGAUCAAGGUCAGGUGGGUGUGGGUGGUCUUAAUGAAUUAAUGGAACUCAACAACUUAAGAGGAGAGUUGGAUUUAAGAAACUUGAGAUAUGGAAAAGAUGCGAGUGAAGAAUAUAAGGAUGCAAAGUUGAAGGAAAAACAACAUCUUCAUACCUUGCAGUUAAGCUGGUCAAUUCGAAACAAUGAUAGUGAUGACAAUGUUGACGCAACGUCCGAGGGUGAGGAUUAUGAAAUUACAUUGGAAAGCUUGCAACCACACCCAAAUCUUAAAAAAUUACGUAUAUUUGAUUAUAGGGCCGGUGUUAGACUUGCAAGUUGGUUUUCCUCGCUUACAACACUUGACAGAUUGGUCUUAGGACGUUGUGGGAAAAUAAAAAAUGUGUCACCACUGAGUCAACUCCCCUGUCUCAAAUCAUUGAAGUUGGUGUGGUUGUCUUCGUUGGAGUAUAUUUCAAACAGUAAUGUGAUGUCAGUACCGCUACUGGCUACCUUACAAAGGCUUGAGCUUGAAAGCUUACCCAAUCUAAAGGGAUGGUGGAAGGAUGUUAGUGAAGAAGAAGAAGAAGAAGAUAUACCUCCAUUCGAAUGUCUUUCUCAAUUAACUAUCAGCCAUUGCCCCCAGUUGACUUCGAAUAUGCCACUUUACCCCUAUCUGGAAGGAGAGCUUGAGUUGACUGAUAUUUAUAGGUUCAAGACUUUUGAACGAACACAACGGAUGAAGAUGAAGAUGAUGGAUUCUUUCUCUCCUCUCUCAAAGUUGACUUGGCUCAAAAUUGAAAGGAUUGAGAGUCUACAGUCUCUGUCAGAGGUGUUAACCUCUAGCCUCAUUUCUCUUAGGAAGCUGUGUAUCUGGGAGUGUCCAAAAUUAAAGACCUUGUUACCUGCUUUUCAACAUCUCACCUCUCUUCAAGAACUAGAGAUUCGCAGUUGCCAUGAGGUUGACAUAUACGGAGACGGUGGGGAUGAGAAUAUGUGGCAAGCUCUUCAAAGCCUUCUUAUUCUCAACUUACAAGAUCUUCCACAACUGGAAACUCUCACUGACGGGCUUCAACAACUUACCUCCCUCAAGAAGCUUACACUGGAAGAGUGUAAGAGUUUGGUGGGUAUUCCAGAAUGGAUCGGCAACUUCAAAUCACUUCGAGAGCUUCGUAUUGGGGGUUGCAACAAAUUGACAUCGCUUCCUGAAGGAUUGCAUCAGCUCACCUCUUUGCAAUCACUUGAUAUUAGAGAUUUGGCACAACUGGAAACUUUCCCUGAUGGGCUACAAGAACUUACUUCCCUCCAGGAACUAAAAUUUUAUGCCUGUGAGAGUUUGGCGGAUAUUCCGGAAUGGAUCGGCAACCUCAAAUCACUUCGAGAGCUUGGUAUUGGGGGUCCCAACAAAUUGACAUCGCUUCCUAAAGGAAUGCGUCAGCUCACGUCUUUGCAAGAACUUUCUAUUAGAGAUUGUGAUCCUAUCUUAAACAAAAGAUGUGAAAGGCAAACGGGCGAGGAUUGGCAUAAGGUUUCUCACAUCCCACGGUUGUGCAUAGAUAAUGAAAGGAUUAAUCCUCCACAAGAACCAUCCACUUCUUCUUCUUCAGCAGCUCUUGAGAAGAUAUUUAAGAGUUUCAGGAGACUACAGUUGUGCAAUAAAUGAGAAUGUCUAUAAGAUUGCUCUCACAUCCCCAAGACUAGUACUCUUUUCCUUGAUUCACAACCAUUCACUUCUUCAUAUACCCAAAAAAACAAAAAAACAUUUAUCAACAUCUUGUUGGGAAGAUAUAUUUAAAGAGUUUCGGGCUGCUGCAAUUGUGCAAUAACUGGAUGUCUGUUGGCGAAGAUCCCAAACAGAGCAUGAACAAACUUGAGCUAUAAUAGAGAAUUAAGGAAUGGAUUUUAUUCAAUACUAUGGAUUGUGCAAAUGUGCAACAAAUUCAAGCAUGGUAAGGAAUCUCAGCUGUACGCCUGACCUUACAAUUCACUCCUGAAUUGGAAAGAAUGAAGAUCAUCACAAGAUUGAUGGACAAUCAUGGAAACUUAUGAAAAACAUUCCAACCCAUCUUCUAAGAAAGACCUUGCUUAACGUUUCUUCCUGUAUCAAGUUCAAGUCUCUGUUUGGCUUCUAGCUUGAGUAGACGAUUGAAGCUUGACCAUGUUACAUGGAGGAAAUACGGAUCUUGGUGCUAUGAGCAUCAUUGAUGCAGGAGACUUGUUACUGAAAAGCAUUUUGCAGGUCCAACACCACUGGUGUAACUGGCCCCAAAAAAUGGUUGGUGAGAUUUUUCAGUGUGUUACCACAUCAAAAGUUGCAUAAAAAGAGUGAAACUCAAUGUCAUCGGUACUAAAGUAAUGUUAUGAUGGUGGAUCCAAGCAUUCAAAUGGUAACCAUAAAAUUUGUUUUGCGAUUGCAUUCUGCUCAUAAUUCUUUGUCACAUAUAAACUUUUGAGCUUGUUUUUCAUAUAAAAAACUUAUGACCUUUUAUGCGACUCAUGCCACAAAUUUCAUCAUUCCCUGAAAGAAAACCAGAGUAAAAUGGACGGUGAUUGGCUUAAGAUUGCUCGUAGCUUUUGGGUUGGUUUCCUCAGAGAAAUGCUCACAGUCCUCACAUUUGUAUAGAAGUUGAGCACAGAACAUUCCCAAGGCUUCAGAGUUAGAAGAUGCUCUGAGACAUUUCCUUAUAAAAAAUUAUGGGAAAAAAAUAGAGUUUUUAAUCCACUGCAGGAACCUCAGCAGUAUGCCUGACCUUAUGAUCCACUCCUGAAUGAGAAACGAGGAUCGUCAGAAGAAUAUUGAUGGACGUUCAAGGAGGCAAAUUUCAAUUCAUGAUAUCCAAAUGCGAACUUCUCUUCUAAGAAAGCUCUUGUUUCUUGUUUCGGCCUACAUCAACUUCACGUGUGUGAUAUUCACAAAUAAAAAGUGACAGUUGUUGAUCAGUUUUGAUUGUAAAUUAAGUCAGCAGUAAAAUCCCAAGGCCAAAAAAAGUUUUCUAUUCUACCAACCACUGUUUUAACCGAUUCUUACCUAACAUAUUAUCACCUGGAAUAUAUUUUUCUUUCCCACUUCAUAACAAGUAUUUUGAAGCCAAACUUACAUUCUGUAUAUCUGUCUCCUUCUAAUAAAAUCUAUCCCAUCCACAACUGCCGCACUCUAUCCUUGCCUCAUGUCUCUUUGCAAUGCCCACACUUGGAACCCAGGAUCAAAAAGACAUUUUUCCGGUUAAUUUACCACAAGGAUACAAGAUAUCAGGCAAGACCAAUCUUUCAAUUCUGAUCUUGUAUAGGACUCCUUUGAAAAGAACAGAUGAAUCUAUAUUAAUCCUUGGAUUUGUCUUGUGCCCUACUGAACUAUACCCUCUUUCUUGAUCUUUUAAGUUUUCAUUUUCAUUUUGUUCUUGUGUAUGGAUGAAAAUAUCAGCA